AAAACCAAAAACAAAACUAAAAGCUUCACCUUUUUGCUUCUUUUUAAGUUGAUAACUACUAAACAUGGCAAUCACAACAAAUGUCCUCGCAACAAGGAACGCUGUCAAAUUGGAUGAUGUAACUGUAAGCUUCAUCUCUUCUUUCCCUGGCAAACUCAACCACUUCUUGGCUCGACGCUUGCCACAGUCGAUGACACGUAGAGUCCAAAUGUCUUGCUGUUAUCGUGAAACGUCAUUGAAAGCUGUGACUCUGUUUGAGAUGCCUGAGACAGAAACAAGUAGUGUCAGUGACGGAGUUGGAAUUUUACGUUUCUUGAAAGGAAAAAACUAUCUCGUUACCGGUGCAAAUGGGUUUCUUGGUAAAGUGUUGAUUGAGAAAUUACUGAGGGCAAGUCCUGAGAUUGGGAAGAUAUUCCUUCUGAUCAAAUCAGCAGAUCAAGAAUCGGCCAACAAGAGACUCUAUGAUGAGGUUUUGUUUUCAAUCCCAUCCUUGCGUUCUACGCAUCUCUUUUUUUUUCUUUUUCAUUUCUCCAAUUCUGUAUCCCUCUGUUACACACAGAUCAUAAGCUCGGAUCUGUUCAAGCUUUUGAAGAAAAUGCACGGGAGCUCUUACGAAGCCUUUAUGAAAAGCAAGUUGAUUCCAGUAACUGGAGACAUUGGAGAAGACAAUCUCGCGAUGGAAUCUGUAACAGCAGCCAAGAUUAGUGGUGAGAUUGAUGUCAUCAUAAGCUGUGCAGGUCGGACGACAUUUGAAGAUAGAUACGACUUUGCUUUAAAUGUCAACGCGCUUGGACCUGGUCGGCUUUUGAGAUUUGGCAAGUACUGGAAGAAUCUGAAACUAUUUCUCCAUUUUUCAACUGCUUAUGUUACUGGUAAGAAAGAGGGAACAAUACUAGAGACUCCUCUCUGCAUUGGAGAAAACAUAACUUCUGACUUGGACAUCGAAUCCGAGCUGAAACUAGCUUCAGAAGCGGUAAGAAAGUUACAUGGCAGUGAAGAAAUCAAGAAACUGAAAGAACUUGGUAUGAAAAGAGCUCAACACUAUGGCUGGGAAAAUACUUACACAUUCACAAAAGCUAUGGGUGAGUCUGUAAUUCACAACCAACGAGGAGAUCUGCCUGUAGUGAUCAUAAGGCCUAGUGUUAUAGAAAGCUCUUACAAGGAACCUUUCCCUGGCUGGCUCCAAGGAAUAAGGAUGAGUGAUCCAAUCAUCUUGGCCUAUGGCAAAGGCCAAAUGUCUGACCUCUGGGGAGAUUAUAAAUCUUUAGUGGACAUUAUACCUGUUGAUAUGGUUGUUAACGCCACAAUAGCAGCCAUGGCAAAACACAGUCGUGGUGUCUCCGAGCUCAAAGUUUACAAUGUCACUUCUUCAUCUCAUGCGAACCCCCUGCGACUUGGCGAGUUGAUGGACCUCUCUCGUCAACAUCUGUGUGACUCUCCAUUUACAGAAACAUUUAUGGAGCUAGAGCGUAUGAAAUUCCACAGUUCCUUAGAGGGUUUCACUUCUUCUAUAUUCAACAGAAUAGCAAAACAUGAAAGAGGGGAUGCAGAUUCACAUACCGCAUUGAGCAUGAAGGGAAAGAGGAGGCUGAACUAUUUUGUGUCCUUGGCAAGAACAUAUGAGCCUUACACGUUCUUUCGAGCUCGGUUUGACGACACCAAUACAAAGAGACUUAUUCAGGAGCUGUCAGUGGAGGAGGGAAAGAUGUUUGGGUUCGAUAUCAGUGGCAUUGACUGGGAGCAUUACAUUGUGAAUGUUCAUCUUCCAGGUCUCAAGAGGAACUCUUUAAGGAAAGAUCCCGUUAAAGAGAGUGGUUAAAUACUACAAGUGCUUGAGUUCACCUAUUUUUAGAUUUGAGUGCAACUGUAGCCUACAACCAAAUGUUGUUUGUUUGUCUCUCUAAUCUUAUUGCCGUCUA